UGUGUGUGUGUGUGUGUGUGUGUGUUUGUGUGUGCGUCUGUGUUCGUGUGUGUAAUCUCAGUAUACGUACAAGUAUUGCUUUACUGCUAAAAUACUUUUUCUGUGUUUUCCGUACGGAAAAGAAUUACAUUUGGAUAUUUCUUGGUGCAGGAAAACGUUUCCAAAUUUGUCGCUGAACGCAAAAUCUGAUAUUUGGGAUUUAUUAUUGAAGCAAAGUUGUCAUACUUUGUUAUCGAUGGAAUAAUUUCCAUGAAUUUCCGACUCCGUGGAGCAGGCAAUCUGAAAUAACUUGAGUCACCUUACAGAUAAACGUCAAGCAGUGUUGAAUGAAGGAAGUAAAAGAAGCAAAAAGAAGAAAAUUCAUAUUUUUCACUGUAAUGAAGAAUAGAUUUCAAGAAAAGUUAAAAUAAUAUUACUACAUUUACAGAUGAAGGAAAGUUGUGUCAAUUGUGUUCAAGCAGAGAAAUUUUCGAUACGAUGAUUAAAAUAGUCUUGAAGCAAAUAAAGUUGCUGACGUGAAUCUCGGCCUACCUUCUGACUUUCUUUUCACAUUUCUUGACAUUCUUGAAACGAACGCAAUUAUCUUGAUGAAAGCAAGUAAAAACCUCCAGCCAAUAUGACAUUCUGCACAUGGAAAUAUAUCGCAAAAUAACUUGGUAUUUAUAUAAAUAUCCAAAAGAAAAGAGAAAAUUUUGUUGGCGACACGAAGAAAAUUAGGAAAGAGAUAGAAGCGUGAUAACUCUAAGAAAAAACAUCCAUCAAGAAAUUAUGUCGGCCAUAACACAUUCUCCGAUGUAUCCAUCAGACAUGUUUAGUGAAGAUAAUUCAACGCAGAUCCUUUUCUAUGAUAAUGCCACUAACAUAACAGAAGAUGAAUUACCUCUUGAUACAAAUAAUUUAUUAAUGGCUUACCACUACUGGUACGCAGGCAUUCAUGGCUACGUAGCUUCCAUCGUUUGCAUAUUUGGAGUCAUCACGAAUAUUCUCAACAUUAUUGUAUUGACAAGAAAAAACAUGAUUUCUCCGUCAAAUAUAAUCCUGACUGGACUGGCCAUUAGCGAUGGACUUACAAUGGCACUCUACUUCCCAUUUGCUUUAAACAAUUAUGUCAUCUAUGGACCAGAUUCUCCGGAGAGUCGUGACAGUAUUGGUGAUGCCCGCUUUUUAUUUGCCUACGCUGUAUGUAGCGUUGUUGUACAUUCCAUUUCAAUUUGGUUGACAGUUACAUUGGCUCUGUUCCGGUACAUUUUCAUUAGGUAUCCACGCAAAGGUACCUAUUUGUGCAGUAUACCAAGAGCUAAACUGGCAGUAAUUUUAGUGACCGUAGUUACCACUAUAGUAUGUGUUCCUAAUAGUGCAACGUUAGAAAUCAAGUGCAAUGCAGGACAUAAUUCAACAAUGUGGUAUGUUGAUUUCAGGGAGAAUAAUGAAGCUGAGAGAAUUCUCAAGAAGAUGAACUUUUGGGUGCAUGCAUUUAUCCUUAAGCUGUUACCAAGCUUACUCUUGACAAUUUUGAGUAUAUUACUUGUGAAAACCAUGCAAGAGGUCGAGAUAAGACGGAAGAGGCUGUUAAGUCGAAGUGGCAGAACAGAUGACGAUAGCGGUCGAGAAAGGAAAACUAAUCGAACUACCAAGAUGUUACUGACAGUUGUAGUGCUGUUCCUUAUAACAGAAACCCCACAUGGUAUAUUUAUAUUGAUUGGAACUUUUAACUCUUUCUUCAAGAAUUACUACAUAUAUUUGGGAGAUACCCUUGAUAUUCUCACACUCAUUAACAACGGCAUCAACUUCGUAUUGUAUUGCACAAUGAGUAAACAGUUUAGAGAGACAUUCAUCAGAAUAUUUUUCAGAUCUUUCAUUGCUACAGAUGUCGGCCAAUUGCAGCUGGUGUCAACCCAGGCUACUAGGUACUCAGAAGUAUGAUCUAACUCUCCUGGUGCAGUUAUAUCAUAACGAAGAGCACAGUUAUGAUUUGAUGAAAAGUUAAGCAGCUUAAAGUAGACAAAUACAGGAUUAGUCCACUUUCAGUAGACAUUCUUACGCCAGUCAUUCAGUCAUUUCAGUUUCCUGGUCAACAAACCAGCAUAUCGGUCGACUUUAAACGAAAAAUAAAUUUGUGAGGUACAAAAUUACAAAUAUAUUCUCACUAAUAAAGAAAAAUACGAAACAAAUAUAACAUGCAAUAUUGAAUGAUAUAGCAAUGUCCUCCCUCAUAAUGAGAGCAUAUUUUAACCAUAUGGGGUUUAAAAACUGCAGUACCAUUUGUGAACGAUUAUGUCGAAAAUAAACAUGAUCAUCAUUUCAAGCACAUACAAACAGAUACACACACGCACACACCCAUACGCACACAUACACACAUACACGCACUAACAUACGUGUAUACAUAUAUGUAC